AUGAGAUUCGUUCUUGCCCUCACCGGGCUGCUGUCCACCGUGGCAUCGGUCAAUGCCGCGCCUGCGCCCAUCCCCAACCCCGUCGAGGAGCGCUCACCGAACCCCAGUCCUACCGGCAUCCCCGCCACCGCUUCCGCCAAGACGCAGCUCGCCGCGCUCACCGUAAAGGCGUACGUCGACGACGGCAAAUACGACCGCGACCUGUUCCCGCACUGGAUCGAGUCCGGCGGGUGCAGCACGCGCGAGACAGUACUGAAGCGCGACGGCACGGGCGUGACCGUCGACUCGGACUGCUACCCCACGGCCGGCACCUGGAAGAGCCCGUACGACGCCGCGUCUUGGACCGCUGCGUCGGACGUUGAUAUCGACCACAUGGUGCCACUGAAGAACGCGUGGAACUCUGGAGCCAAUGCGUGGACCACGGCCAAGCGCCAGGCGUACGCCAACGACCUCGUGCGCCCGCAGCUGUGGGCCGUAACCGACAACGUCAACCAGUCGAAGGGCGACGAUAGCCCUGAUGCCUGGAAGCCGCCGUUGGCCAGCUUCUACUGCACCUACGCCAAGAGCUGGGUCGCCGUGAAGUCGUACUACGACCUCACCAUCACCAGCGCCGAGAAGACCGCAUUGACUUCCAUGCUCGGAACUUGCUAA